AUGCGAAAUGGUACCACUCAAGCAGAGAUUCUGCUCUUUCAGACAAUUGGACCAAUGUCAAUAAUACUGCGAAAUGUAGCUGUACCAGGGAUACUUCAUAUUUUUUCGUGUUCUCUCCACAUUAACAUUUGAUUAUAUGGUUUACUCGCAACAGCUGGUGCCAUAUUAUCCGUAGAUUUUGAUGUAUUUCCACGUCAUUUUGCGAAAACAUCAAUUUUUGGCAGAAGUGUGAUGGAUCUUGGCACAGCUACAUUUGUACUGCUCUCUGAAGUCAUCAGCAGUGCUAAUAAUGCUAGGCAUAGUACGAACGGUUUUGCUUCAUUUCACCAAUUAUCAGUAUCAGAUCAACGAGUAUGGCAUUCAUUGGAAUUUUUUCAUUACUCUUGGAUUGUUACGGUUUGUCAGGAAUAUUUGAUUUCAAAUAAGACAAAAAGGAAAGAUUUUGUACCAAACAAUCGCGAAGGAAUUUUUUCAUUUUGUGGGUACCUGUCAAUUUAUUAUUUGGCAUCAGCUGUAGCUAGUUUCCUAUUUACCGAGAUAUCAUGUCAUGAUCAUUGCGAUCCUCUCAUAAAUUUUAGUGUAAUCGAAAAAAGGAAACGAAUCAAAGUAUGGUUCUACCGUUCUUUUCAGUUGCUGCUACUCACUGCAGCAAUUUUCGUAGCACAGGAAUUCGCUAUAAAAUUUAUGGGCUCGCCAUCACGAAGAAUUGCUAAUGCGCCAUACAUCCUAGAAAUGAUAGUCUUUCUCAACAUUUAUUUGUCUGGUUAUCUAUUAAUUCAGUUACCUCAGAGCUGGCUUUUACAAAUGUCGCAUUUGCGCAAUAAUUUCAAUAAAAAGGUUAACAUGGGGAAAAAUGUUCAGUUGGAAGUGCAUUCUGAAACGAAAAUUGUUCUAGUCGAUGCUUAUGACGAUAUUACAGAUGAAAAUCCGCUGGAAAUAUUGAAACCAUCUCUAGUGGAUUCAAUCAAUCAACAGGGACUGUUGUUCUUCGUAUUAGCAAAUAUCCUGACGGGUUUGGUAAAUAAAUGUAUAAACACUUCGAUGGCAAAAAUCACUAUCAUGCAACUGCUAUCAUAA